GCGUGGUGGCGCUGCACGCGUCGAGCCGGGAGCGCACACAUGGAGGAAGAUACAACAUCUAAAUUACACUAACUACCAUAAACCUGAGCGGAACAAUCUUCACAAAUAUCAUCUAAUCGGAUUCAGGUUUCGUUAAAUGUGGAGGGAUGAGAACGUUCUUGAAGCUGACUGUCCGAGCGGUGGGAUGCAUUGCCUCCAGGCUUUACAGUGGAGGAAGACCACCGGCCCCCUUAGGUGGAAGGAUCCUCACUAACCCUGAUGACGUCUUUCAGCAUAACAUGUGGGAUCACGUGCAGUGGACUGAGGAGGAGACAGAGAUGGCCCAGCAGAAGGCAGAGGAAAACUCUAAACAUAAGAUCCCUGUAGAGGAGCAAACCAAAUAUGACAGAGACGCGAAUAAAUAUUGGGACAGAUUUUAUGAGAUGCAUCACGGCAAUUUCUUCCGAAACCGGAGCUGGCUCUUCACAGAGUUCCCAGAGUUACUUCCUCCAGACGUUGGAGGCAUUUGUAGCUCAGAGAAAAGCUGUUCCAGUCCUCCAAUCUCUGCCUCAUUCCCCGGACAGCACGCUGAUUUAAGAAUACUAGAGGUAGGCUGCGGUGCAGGUAACAGUGUUCAUCCCAUCAUCAACACCAUCAGGGGCAGUAAGGCAUUCCUGUACUGUUGUGACUUUUCAUCUCGAGCUAUUGAGCUUGUCCAGGGGCACCAAGACUAUGACCCUGCAGUGUGUCACGCUUUUGUGCGGGACAUUUGUGACACAACAUCCCCGUUUCCCUUCCCUCCUGGAAGUCUGGACAUUAUUUUGGUGGUCUUUGUGCUCUCUGCCAUCCACCCAGCACGAGCUCAAGGUGUGGUGAAUAGUUUGGCUGGAUGCUUGAAGCAGGGGGGAAUCAUGCUGUUCAGAGACUAUGGCAGAUAUGAUCUGUCGCAACUAAGAUUUAAAAAAGGUCAGUGUUUGUCUGACAAUUUCUAUACACGUCAAGAUGGAACCUGUGUGUAUUUCUUCACAAAAGAUGAGGUUCAUGAUUUGUUCUCUAAUGCUGGUUUGGAAGAGAUUCAGAACUUAGAAGACAGAAGACUGCAGGUUAACAGAGGAAAGAAGGUGGUAAUGCACAGAGUGUGGAUGCAGAGCAAAUACCGGAAACCUUAUCGGCUUUCAUCAUCUGUCUAGCAGACAUUGAUGAGCUUUCUGGCAUAAAAAAACCUAUGCCUUGUUAUGAAAACAGUGAGAACACUUGUCAUGAAGACUUUUCAAGACUGAACGGAAUCUUCUUUGUGAUUUGUCAAGCAUAACAAAUGAUCUAGCAGACCUUAUAAAAACUUCCUGAAAAUAUUACAGAUGUUGAUAAAACGAUAUAAAAGUAUUUUUUUAAUUGCUGCCAUGUCUUUAUGGAUGUCAGAGACAUUGUUUUUGAGAAAGAACUGACAUCCCAAGUAUGACCUAAAGACUACAUGUACGCAAUACACCUUGUAGACCAUUCUAGUAUAAAGUACUUCGGAGUACACAAUGCUACCAUUGUAUUUCGUUGGUUUUUAUUGCAACACAAGUAAAAAGAGCAAUUUAAAGGGAAACUAUGUAUACAUAAGUAGUAUUGUUAAAAAAAUAUUUUUUAUUCUGUCCCUGAUUGCACACGACAUCUGUGAGAUGUCUGUAAGAUGUUUAUGAUUUACAAUGGAUGUAAAACUGCUCUUUCUAAGAUGUUUAGUAGAUGUUUUCCAGAUCUUUAGCAGACGUACAUGUGCCAGCUGGGGUAACUCUAAAUGUUUAUACUUUCAUGAGGGGAUGUAUUGCCGUGGUGUAUUGCUAUCUGUUUUAUUUGUAAUGAUUUAAUUGUGUGUACUGUCCG